UCUGACCUACGAAGGACGCCCUGGGGAUAAAGAUAAGAUAAUGCAUUAUAGAGCCCUCACACACUAUAGGCACUGGAUUGAUGCAGGAGAGGGGUACAAGAAGCAAUUUAAGGGACUGGGGGAUGGGGGCAAGACACAAGGAGAGAAACCAUGAGCUCUGAGAAAGAGAGAAGAGAAAGUUCCUGCCCAAAGGGAAACAGGAUGAAUGGCAAAUUAACAGUAGUAGAAUAAAUAGAACAAACAAAUAAAUAAACAUUUAUGGAGCUCUUACUAAGUGCUAGGCAGGGUCCUAAAUGCUUUCCUGUCCAUUAUGUCAUUAGGUCCUGCGAACAGCUCGCAGAUGGUUACUAUUUAUUAUUCCUACUUUGCACAUGAGGAAAUUGAGGCUCAGGUUAUUCACUCGUCCAAGGUCAAGACAAGAAUCUGCAGAUCCGACUUCCCAGACCCCUCCCGUUGGACACACGCGUGCGCACGCACAACCGAAGCCAUGCAGGGGUGCUCAAGAGACCAAGGCUGCUGGGCCUGCAGGGCGGCGGCGCCCGGCUGGGAACCAAACGGCACCGGCUGUGCCCGGGGGGCCGGCCCGAGGACAGAGCCGCUGUUCCAGCGCCGCCCAGGCCGAGUACCCCCGGUAAGGGGCGCAGAUGGGUGCCUGGAGUCCGGGGCGCACGGCCCGCAAACGUGACCGGGCGUUUCUGGGCCCCAUAAAGCGCGGGCGGGAUGUGAAGCCGUUUUAUGGAGGCGGCCCGGCCCGCUUUGAUUCCCGCCUCGACGAGGGCGAGGGCCGACCUCCAAGCUCGUAAACGCGUUGGCCGUGCGCUCCCGCCGGGCCGGUGGGCCGCGAUAUAAGGCGCCGCGCGGGCCCUGGGCUCCAGCCACCCGCCGCUGCCAGCGCCGCCGCCGCAAUCAUGUCCUGCCUCUCCUCCCGCCUUGGCGCCCCCUUCGGGGUCCGCGCCUUCAGCUGCGCCUCGGCCUGCGGACCCAGGCCAGGCCGCUGCUGCAUCACGGCCGCCCCCUACCGCGGAGUCUCCUGCUACCGCGGCCUCACUGGGGACUUCGGUAGCCGCAGUGUCUGCGGGGGCUUCCGCGCUGGCUCCUGUGGCCGCAGCUUCGGCUACCGCUCCGGAGGUGUGUGUGGACCCAGCCCACCCUGCAUCACCACAGUGUCUGUCAACGAGAGCCUCCUCACGCCCCUCAACCUGGAGAUCGACCCCAAUGCACAGUGCGUGAAGCAUGAGGAGAAGGAGCAGAUCAAGUGCCUCAACAGCAGGUUUGCUGCCUUCAUCGACAAGGUGCGCUUCCUGGAGCAGCAGAACAAGCUGUUGGAGACCAAGUGGCAGUUCUACCAGAACCGCAAAUGCUGCGAGAGCAACCUGGAGCCCCUGUUCGAGGGUUACAUCGAGACUCUGAGGCGGGAGGCUGAGUGCGUGGAGGCCGACAGCGGGAGGCUGGCGUCGGAGCUCAACCACGUGCAGGAGGUGAUGGAGGGCUACAAGAAGAAAUACGAAGAAGAGGUGGCACUAAGGGCCACCGCUGAGAAUGAAUUUGUGGCCCUGAAGAAGGAUGUGGACUGCGCCUACCUCCGCAAGUCAGACCUGGAGGCCAACUCGGAAGCCCUGACUGAGGAGAUUGACUUCCUGCGGCGCCUGUAUGAGGAGGAGAUCCGCGUUCUCCACGCCCACAUCUCAGACACCUCGGUCAUCGUUAAGAUGGACAACAGCCGGGACCUGAACAUGGACUGCAUUGUGGCCGAGAUCAAGGCUCAGUACGACGACAUCGCCAGCCGCAGCCGGGCUGAAGCAGAGUCCUGGUACCGCAGCAAGUGUGAGGAGAUGAAGGCCACGGUGAUCCGGCACGGGGAGACCCUGCGCCGCACCAAGGAGGAGAUCAACGAGCUCAACCGCAUGAUCCAGAGGCUGACGGCCGAGGUUGAGAAUGCCAAGUGCCAGAACACCAAGCUGGAGGCCGCAGUGACCCAGUCGGAACAGCAGGGCGAGACGGCUCUGAGCGAUGCCCGCUGCAAGCUGGCAGAGCUGGAGGCCGCCCUGCAGAAGGCCAAGCAGGACAUGGCCUGCUUGGUCAAGGAGUACCAGGAGGUGAUGAACUCCAAGCUGGGCCUGGACAUCGAGAUCGCCACCUACAGGCGGCUGCUGGAGGGCGAGGAGCAGAGGUUGUGUGAGGGCAUUGGUGCUGUGAAUGUCUGUGUCAGCAGCUCCCGCGGCGGGGUGGUCUGCGGGGAUCUCUGCGUGUCGGGCUCCCGGCCUGUGACCGGCAGCGUGUGCAGCGCCCCCUGCAGUGGGAACCUGGCGGUGAGCACGGGCAUGUGCGCGCCCUGCGGACAGAGGUGCAGCCCCAGCUCCUUGGUGCGGUUCCAGUAGUGCCUCGGGCUUGGUCAACACACUGCUCUCCGAGUCAACAGUCCCUGCCUCCAGCGGUGAGGCCGCAGCAACCCAAGUCCCUGGGCUUGAAGCAGAAGGGCUUCCAGACCCAGCCGGCCUGACCUGCCCAAACUGCAGCCUUAUCUUCCUGCAUCUCCUCCGCCUUCUCUCGGUCUUCACUCCGGUUUCUUCCGGGGAGGGCCGGGCUCCCCGCCCAGCUGGCAGCUGCCCUCGUCCUUACCGCCAGUCCCAGGACUCUAAAUACCUGGGUUUCUCACAGCCCUGGGCAGAGAUCCCAUCCUGACUUGGGCUUUUCUGAGGGGUCUGGCCUGGCAGAAACCUGUGGCUUCAAAGGGACAGACUGGUCCCAAUCCCCUAAGCUGUGCACGUCCGUGGGUGCUGUGUCUGUGCUGCUCUCCUGCCAGACCUCUCCUGCCUUCCGAACCCUCUAACCCUCACAGUGACCGAGGCUGCAGCUCCACGGGGACACCUUUUGGUGGCUGCUCUGGCUCCCUCUCCCCUGCGCUUAGUGCUUAGUCUUCGCGAUUCCAAUAAAGCUCAUGGGUCAUAUGUAAUGUGCUCAGAAAAUCUCCCAUUUGUGCCUACAUAAGUGGGCUUCAAGCCCAGUUUUUCGGAGGCUGACAGAGAAGGUGUUCACAGCCAUGAUUAGUGGGGGGAGGGGGGUGAGAAGAGGGUUGUCUCCAAGGCACCCCACCCCUAAUGCCUCAUUCAUACACCCAGAAGACUGCAGGGGGAUGGGUGGGCAGCCCCAAACGCCCAGCUACCCAGCAUGAGGGGGAGCUGGAAAGGAAGGGAGAAGGCCAACAACUGGGAGACUUAGUGGGGGGUAGGGAGUGGGGGCUGGUUCUCUUGCCACCUUUGGUGGGAAACCUUAUCACUCAUGGCUGGUGGGACACCACUUCCUCCACCCCCCCAGUUCCACCUCUACCUGAAUAUAAGAUAAUUCCUGGCCAUGGGAUCAAAUAUAGACUUCCCGUCCCCCCAGAA